ACACUUCAUGAUCUAUCGCGUACAUGCAGACAGUUCCGUGCCAAUCUGCUGGAGUACCGUAGUCAGCUCGUCAAGCACACGCUGCACUGCCACAACGAAGAUGUCGAUGUCAGCGACAAGGCGGGGCCGUGGCUGCAACAAGGCCGGCAUGCCAUGGCACUGGAAGGGAGGCUGACCGCUGGCCGUGUUGGGACAUGUGCACGCGAUAUGGUGGGAAACUGCCAGCGCUGCGGCCUUGUCGUCUGCCGGAACUGCACAAUGAAGCCGCCGCCCACGCCUGCACUGCGCGCCCGGCAUCGUCGACUCUGCCGCACAUGCACCAAGGCGCCGCUUCCAUUGCUCAUGGCGUCGCAGAAACAGCGCUCGUCAUCCGACUCAUCCCCGUUUGAGUCGCCGAGCCUGCGCCCAGUGCUUUUUGAAGACGGCAAGCCACGAGCAUUCACUGCGCCAGCGUUUGAGCGUACCCCGUGCAACUGCGACAAUGUCAUAUGGUUUUGCGCGCCGUGCGGAAAAGACUUGCGCAAUGCCGACACCAUGUACGUUCGCGGAUGGAGCUGGCGCACGCGCUAUAGCCACUAUCUUGGGGGAGUCGGAACGGGGGCCGGCGAAGGUAAUGAAGGAGUCGAGUGUGGACGGGGCUGCCAUUGUCUGGGCGCGCGAGUUGUGGAACACGAGACAUGCGAGCAAGACCUUCUCGACACCAUCGAGAGGACGCAAACCCCCACAUCAGAAUCCCCUGAACGCUGGAAGGGCACCUCCUAUCUCACCCAGGAGAUUGAGGGCAUCGGCGGCGUGCUGAAAGUCAAGCUCAAGAAGCAAGUCCGCGUCGGCGAAUGCGUCAAGCUGUACGAAGAUGAGAAAGAAAAGUCGAUACAGUACCUUGAGCGCGAGGUCAAGGGCGAGCUCAGGAGCUGGUGCUCAUGGUGUGAGCGCGUCGUUCUGGGAAAGAAGGACAAGGCCGAGAUGGCUGGCGGCCGGCCAACUUCCAACGAGUCAAGUUCGACAAACUCGAGCUCGCUGUAGCCACUGGAUAGGCGUUGAUUAUGUGAAGUUUGGACUUUUGGAGAAUUAUGGAUGUGAAUAUACAAGUUG